AUGGCAGGGGAUUCCUCAAACGAGGGCAUUUCAGAUUUCUCAGGUGAAAGCAGCUCAGAUCCAUUCGAGUUCAACGAGGACUACGAGAUUCUGCUGAGCCAGAAACAGCAGAUUUUUGAGAUGAGAAAUGAGCUGCUUGAUCUGAAAACGAGGGGAUUUGACUCAUUGAACGAUCAGAACAAAAAAUUGAUAAAAGUGUUUCUAGGCUACGUGUACAAGUUGGGGAUGUUGGAUGAUGAAAUGAUCAAUGCCAUGACAGAUAGAAUAAUAGAGGGCAACUACGAGGGAGUGAUGAUUGAAGUAUUGAGCAAACGAGUACUAAACAAGGGUGAAAUCAUGGACUACCUGAAAAAGUAG